GACGGGGAUGUCUGCACCUAUAUGUCUGGGACCUCCUGGGUCCCUGUGACGUGACCGAUCCCGUUUAUUAUCUGCUCAGUGCCCAGGUUGUCAGGCCAGGGCCAGGCCGCAAUUUAAUCGACGUUUUUUCCUGUCUUUCUUCAUUGUUGCGCUUUGCGCGAUGGUAAUGUAGCGGCGGAUGACUGAUCAGUUUCUGCAGUUUCCGCACUGGAUACGUCAUAAGCGAAAUCAGCUGACAACUCGGAAUCUCGUUCCCAUUGACUCCCGACUACAUUGAAUCGAACCUUGAACAAAACAAAAAAGCAGACAGAAGCGGCGCGGUAGAGGUACAUCAUGUCACUACCAACUAGUUACCGUCACAAUGCCAUGUCGGCGCCCGUCCAAGCUCCACCGCCCCAGCGACUGCGAACAUCUGGUGGGCUCAAUUCCAAGGAGUCCACCAUCAGUCCCUUCACACUGGCCACUAGUAAUCCAAACUUCAACCCGCAAAGGGUCGGAAGCAAGCCAGUGGUGCUGGCACAACCACCAAAACCUCCCAAAGGACCUGAAAAACCUCUGAUGCCUUACAUGAGGUACAGCAAGAGUGUAUGGGAAACAGUCAAGCAACAAAAUCAGGACCUAAAGCUGUGGGAGAUAGGAAAAAUCAUCGGCUCCAUGUGGCGUGAUCUUCCGGAAAGUGAGAAGCAGGAAUUUAUAGAUGAUUACGAGAAUGAGAAGAUCGAAUAUGAGCGUGCCGUGAAGGAGUACCAUGCGUCCGCCACCUACCAGGCCUAUCUGUCGGCUAAGAACAAGGUUGCCGAGGAGACGCCGCCGCUUGUGCACGAGGUGAAGCCGCCGGUGAACACGGUGAUGAAGGGCCUGGAUCGGCGCAUCGACAUCCAGCCGGCCGAGGACGAGGAGGACCAGGACGAGCAGUUCUCCGUCAAACAGGUGGCGCACGCCCGCUACCUGCGCAACCACCGGCUCAUCAACGAGAUCUUCUCCGACACGGUGGUGCCAGACGUGCGUACCGUGGUUACCACGCCGCGGAUGCAGCUGCUGAAGCGACAGGUACACAGCCUCACCAUGCACCAAAAGAAACUCGAGGGCGAGCUGCAGCAAAUCGAAGAGAAGUUCGAAGCCAAAAAGCAGAAGUUUGAGGAAUCGACUGAAGUGUUCAACGAUGAGCUGAAGGCUCUCUGUGAGAAGAAGGUAGACGAUGCUACGUUCAACAACAUGGUGAAGAAGCAGAUGGAGGUGCUCCGUCGGGAGCGGGAGGAGCAGCAGAAGCCGGCCGAGUCGGCCCCGUCGCCGGCGCCGAUGGCCGCUAACAACGUGGCCACGCCGGCGGACGUCAGUGCCGAGGAGCCGGCCGCCCAGCCGAGCCCGGCACAGGCCGAGCCGGCCGCGCCGCCGCCGCCGGCGGAGGCCGAGGUGCCGGCACCCGCGCCGCCGGCGGCUGACGGCGCCGCUCCUCCGCCACCGCCGCAGCAGCAGCCCUGAGCCGGCCGGCGGCGUCAUCUCCCUCAUCAGUCACACACUCACUAGCUGUACCUACUCGUCUGCGGUAAGCUCGGCUCUAGCCAAUCCGCAACGGAUCACAGCCGCCGCCAGCUGGGGUAGUGGAUUCCAGACUCAGUUUCAUAAAAUGCGCUAUCAAUAAAUGUCUGUAAAUGUCUGUACUGUC